AACGGUAGCUCGUAAUUUUACAUCUUACUAUCAUCUCAUAAAUCCACAAUCUUUUAUAUUCUUGCCAAUCAAGUUCUCUCGUGUUAAUUUUCUUGAAUUAAUCGGAAAUGGAAGACGGGUUAUCUUCUCGGGCGCUGAGUUACGAAGAAGAAGUGAGUUUAGAUGAGUUAAUCAAAGAAACAGAGAACUCGUCUGAGUUUGAAGAUACCGUCGAUGCUGAAAUUCAUGGCAGAGACAAUUACGAUAUCGUGGUGAAUGGGAUCUUAAAAACUCAGACACAUGGACCCUUAGAAUUUUAUGAACAGACCAUAUGGGCGGGUGAUUUGACCAAAAAAUUUCCGGAUCCUCUUGAAAAGCAGGGUUUUUUCACCAUAAAAGGCAACCAACCCAAGGGUGUCGGGGCCGCGGUGGUGUAUAACGGCAAGAAUUCCGAGGAUGUUGAAUGUGGCUGGCUCCUUGCUUUCACGGAUUCUGAUAACAACGGUGGAAGGAAGGUUAUUGUUGAUUGUGGCUUGCUAACCAAAUUCGAGAACAUCUGCUGGGACACCAUUGAAGAGAAACUGAUCAAGUUUGGCAAGACGACAGCAAUCCAUGAGGACCCGGCGACAGGAACCAAGGUCAUUGCGAAAAUAACAGUUAGCCCUUCUGGAAAUGGCUGCACUCCUGACAAAGAUAAGGUUGUUGCAACCUUCUAUUGUUAAACUUGGCAUCAACCAAUCGAUAAACCCUAAUGGCUAAUGCAGUAGUGGAACAAUAUCUACUGUAUAAUCCCAUCAUACGAAGUAUUAUGUUGGUUAAUUUUUCAAUUUCUGUUUUUCUAAUUAUUACAAUACGAAUUAUGAGGGGCAGUUCACCUGUAAGAACACACUCUCUUACAUGUGACUACUUCUUCGCUUGUUUCUAAAUUAUACUGUUUGUAUUAAAUAAAUAAAUUACCCUUUGCCUUUGACAUGUAAGAUCAUGGAGAAAUUAAAUACAUUUGAUCUCUGUUACGGAGUACUUGUAUUA